AUGUCUCUCUCACCAAACAAAAAGCGAGUGCAUGAAGAUAAUAACCAUUCAUCACCAUCAUCAUCGUCGUUAUCAUUAUCAUCGUUGCCAAAUGACACGAUCUUGAGGUGCUUGCUCGGAGUACCAAGAAGCUCUCACCUCAACGUAUCUCACGUGAACAAGACUUUCAGGUCUCUUGUUCGCUCACCCGAGUUUCAAUUUCACCAAAUCCGAUCGCUCCUCCUCCGCAAGGACUCCGUUUACGUCUCCUUCUCAUGCGCAGACAUUGACGAUGUCUUCCAAUGGUUCACUCUCCGUCCCACUGAGAUUGAGAAUGAGAAGAAGAAGAAGAAGACGGUUGAGUAUCGACUUGUCCCAUUCUCAAUUCCUCUCCCUAGUAAUGGCUUUGCGUUUGUUCCUUCAAUAGCCGUCGCCAUCGGGUCAGAGAUCUACUUCGUUGGCAGCAACUCCGACUCCGAGACGGAUCUUUGGAUUUUCGACACGCGAUCCGGAAAAUUAACACAAGGACCAAGCAUGAAGUCUGACGGAAGGUUUUUCUCCGCCGUGGAAGUGGUCGACGGGAAGAUAUACGUGAUCGUAGGAGGGUAUCAUGGAGAUGAGGGGAUGCAAGUGGAGGUUUUUGAUCCGAAGACGCGGGUUUGGAGCUUCGCAGGGGAGGAGAGAAUCCAAUGGCUAACUUCGCCGUUUUGCGCCUCUCUGGAGGGGAAGGUGUUUGCGGUGGAAGAAGACGGUGAUGAGUUCGUGGUGUAUAAUGCGAGACAAGGUAAAAGAGAGGAUAUGAGUGUAGCAAAAGAAAUGGAAGAAAUUGGAAGACCUGAUUAUGAUUUUCUGAUUUGUGUGUGUGCGGUGGAGAAUGUGCUCUAUGGCUGUUUUAGUUAUAGUGGGAUUGUGUGGUUUGACACAAAGCGUAGUGUGUGGACAAGGUUGGUUGUGUCUGAAUCUGAUUAUGUCUUUGAUGUCAAGGGGAAGGGGUCCACUGAUUACUUUAAGGUGGGUGCAAUGGUGGAAUAUCAUGGUAAGCUUGCGGUUUUCUGGCGUCAUUGUGAGGAGGAGAAGAAUUAUGAUAGUAUGUGUGGAGUGAUGGCAUUGGAUAGGGUUGGAGGAAAGAUUCGUGGGACGAUCGAAUGGUCUGGUGUUGUGGCCACUUUCUCUGAUGACUUUAUGAUUGCGCACUGUGUUGCUGUUUCUCAUUGA